GCCAUUACAACGCAAUUUAAGUAUUUCGAUUUUCAAAUAAAAUUCAUCGUUUUUGAAGAUUUUCUUCUCCAACAAUUAUUUAUUUCCGAUUGGUCGAUAUUUAAAUUAUCGAUGACGCGUCGACGCCGCUAGCCAAUAAUUUGUAAUUUAACGUAUUUAGUAACCGUUUAAAGUUUUGUUGGUACAAAAACGCUUGGCUUAGUUCGUUCGAUAUAUUUACCGCGGUGGCGGACGGUUUUAUGGAAAAUACCAGUAAAAUCGAUGGAAGUUUCGAAUUUAAAUUUGAAAAAUUGCCGAAAAUUCGACAAAAACAAAGAUUAAAAGCUAACGAAAGAGAAAGGAAACGCGUAAAAUUAAUAAAUUUGGCAUUCGACCGGCUUAAAAAAAUCCUAACCAAGUCUCGCGUGGUUAAUUCGGGAGCGAAAAAAAUUUCCAAAUUGCAGAUAUUGAAAUUUUCCAUCGAUUAUAUUAGAUGUUUACAGACUUUAACCGAAUGUCGGCAUAAUCGAAUAAGCCCACGGUUUUAUACAGGAAAUGCCAAUGGAUUUUUUUCAUUUUGUAAUCAUUCUCUGUCGUGGUCUAGAGAGAAACCGGAAGAAAAUAGUAAGAUCGUCUUGGCCGCCAUCUGGACUCCGCAACAUCCAAAAUGGCUGCGAAGCGCGUAUAAAAAGGAAUAAAUCAAACUUUUAUUAAAGCUCGAGUAUUAUUCGUUGUUGCGAGUUUCCUCCUCGAAGCUGACAAUCGGAUUAGAAAUUUUCUCGGAGGAGGAGGAAGAAUUUAAAUGCUCGUUCGAGAACACACGAAAGGAGAUUACUGGAGGGCGUAUAAGGUUCCUCCUCCCAUUUUCAAAGGAUAAUAAGUGCCAACAUCUUCUGAAUUUAUCCAAGAAUGUACGGUACGAGUGCUCGAGAUGGACAAAAAUGUUCUUACUAUCUACAAAGAAGCUGUAAUUCUUAGUACAUUAAACACACUGUAGUAAAAUCGAGGAGCGAGUAGGCUGAAGUAUACGAAACCGUGGAAAUCUUCACUCGACCCUUUGUUAUCGGAAGACGCAUUUUGGUCCAAUUUAAUUCGUUUUAUAACAAAUAACGCAAAAUUUAUGCUAAUUAUAAACUUUUAAUAAAAUUUCAACACGAAAUAAACAUUUUAUACAAAAAUCAUUAAAAACAUUUUGCAUAUUUACAUUUC